CUAGGAGGCCUCAGCAGGCUGGAGGUGGAGAGUGCGGCGCGAGUGUUGGUCUUGCGUUGCUCAGCCCAAACUCCUCCUCCCGUGAAACUGCGGAGGCCGGCUUUUCUAGGAAACGAAACCGAAAUUGAGCUCGAGCCAUCUUGCCGCCCACGCAGACUUCGGGUGCAGGGCGAUGCACGGCGGGUGUGUGCCAUGGACCCGCGGCAGGGCUGUUCCCUCCACAGACACUGUUCCCACCCCCGCCAGGACCAUGAACAUAACAAGGCCCCACAGCAGCUGUCGGGGCCAGGAUCAUACCUUGACAAUUUCCGACUUCAGCAAAUAGAGUUUCUCAGGGGCAGGCUUCCGGAAGUGCCCCUGCCUGGAAAACAGAUACCAUUACUGCCAAUACCACCACCAUUACUCCCAGGACUCCCGCCAGGGUAUCCAGGACCACCUGCUGGAGACAGACAACUAGAGAUUAGGGGUGUACCCAAGAUCACACCUUUCCGAAAUCCAGGAUUCCAGGUAGGAUCCCAGUUUCCUUCAGCAUACGGCAGAGUGCCAUGGAGAGGUGUUGAUGGACUUUCCUCACAAUUCCAGAAACUGAACAUCAACCAGGAUCGGGAGCAAAAGAUCUUAAAGCUCUUAGAGGAGCUUGGAGAACAGUCAGCCACCACAGCACGUGAUCUGGCUAGGAAGCUCAGGGUGCCGAAAAAGGAAGUCAAUCAGGUUUUGUACUCCCUGGCAAAGCAGGGUAAGCUGCAGAAGAAAACAGGAACACCCCCUUUGUGGAGCAUUGCAGCCUCAGCUCAGGCCCAGAAUAAGCCCUGUGAUGUUGUGAGACCACAUAGUCACAGCCUGGGAUCUUCAAACCCAAAGCCCAGUUUGGAAGCUGAAGACGAAAACUCCACAUCCAACUUAGAAAAUUCUCCUGAGCCUUUUGACAUGGCUGAGAUCAAGGAGAAAAUCUGCAACUACCUAUUCAAUGUGUCUAACUCCUCUGCCCUGAAUCUGGCUAAAAAUAUUGGCCUCACCAAAGCCCGAGAUGUGAAUGCAGUGCUGAUGGACUUGGAGAGGCAGGGAGAUGUCUACAGGCAAGGGGCAACACCUCCCAUAUGGUAUUUGACAGACAAGAAACGUGAGAAGAUGCAAAUCAGGAGAAAUUCACACAGUGUUCCUGCAGCCACUCUGCCUGCUGUCUCUGAGACUAAAACAAAUGCCACGCUCCCCAACUGUCACUUAUCCCCAUCGGAUGCGUCAAACAACAUCAUGGCCACAGCAAAAGUGGAGAAUAGGCAGGAACCUGACGUGAAGUUAGAAAGUAGAGAAGAGGCUCGGCCAGGACCAAUGAGACUGAAACCAUCAUUUUAUCACAAUAACCCCUCCAAAGCAGGGUAUGUUGACUUUGAAAACGGUCAGUGGGCCACAGAUGACAUCCCAGAUGACUUGAACAGUAUCCGUGCAGCACCAGGUGAGUUUCGAGCCAUCAUGGAGAUGCCCUCCUUCUACAGCCCUGGCUUACCACGGUGUUCACCCUACAAGAAACUGACAGAGUGUCAGCUGAAGAACCCCAUCAGCGGGCUGUUAGAGUAUGCACAGUUCGCUAGUCAGACGUGUGAGUUCAACCUCGUAGAGCAGAGUGGACCAUCCCAUGAACCUCGAUUUAAAUACCAGGUUGUCAUCGGUGGCCGAGAGUUUCCCCCAGCUGAAGCUGGCAGCAAGAAAGUGGCAAAGCAGGACGCAGCCAUGAAAGCCAUGACAAUUCUGCUUCGGGAAGCCAAAGCUCAGGACAGUGGAAAGCCCGAAGAUAUAUCCCUGUGUUCCACCGAGAUGGAAUUAGAGAAGACAGAACCCCAGCCCCCCACCCAUUCAGCCUCAUCCUUGUUUUCUGGGAAGAGCCCUGUCACGACAUUGCUGGAAUGCAUGCACAAAUUGGGGAACUCCUGUGAAUUCCGUCUUCUGUCCAAAGAAGGACCCGCACACGACCCCAAGUUCCAGUACUGUGUUGCAGUUGGAGCUCAAACUUUCCCCACUGUGAGCGCCCCCAGCAAGAAGGUGGCAAAGCAGAUGGCUGCAGAGGAAGCCAUGAAAGCCCUGCAUGAGGAAGCCACCAAUGCAGCUGACAACCAGUCUGGAGAUACAAACUCUGAAUCACUUGAUACCUUGGAGUCUGGGGUGCCCAACAACAUCCGGCGGAUUGGCGAGCUCGUCAGGUACCUGAACACCAACCCUGUGGGCGGCCUGCUGGAGUAUGCCCGCUCGCAUGGCUUCGCUGCCGAGUUCAAGCUAAUCGACCAGUCCGGACCUCCUCAUGAGCCAAAGUUUGUUUACCAAGCAAAAGUCGGGGGGCGUUGGUUUCCAGCGGUCUGUGCCCACAGCAAGAAGCAAGGCAAGCAGGAAGCAGCCGACGCGGCCCUCCGUGUCUUGAUUGGGGAGAACGAGAAGGCAGAGCGCAUGGGUUUCACAGAGGUAACCCCAGUGACAGGGGCCAGUCUCAGAAGAACUAUGCUCCUCCUCUCCAGGUCCCCAGAUGCACAGCCAAAGACACUUCCACUCACUGGCAGCACCUUCCAUGACCAGAUAGCGAUGCUGAGCCACCGGUGCUUCAAUGCCCUCACCAACAGUUUUCAGCCCUCCUUGCUUGGCCGGAAGAUCCUGGCUGCCAUCAUUAUGAAGAAGGACUCUGAGGACAUGGGUGUCGUGGUCAGCUUGGGGACAGGGAAUCGCUGUGUGAAAGGAGAUUCUCUCAGCCUAAAGGGAGAAACUGUCAACGACUGCCAUGCAGAAAUUAUCUCCCGGAGGGGUUUCAUCAGGUUUCUCUACAGUGAGUUAAUGAAAUACAACUCCCAGACGGCAAAGGAUAGUAUAUUUGAGCCUGCUAGGGGAGGAGAAAAACUCCAAAUAAAGAAGUCUGUCUCAUUUCAUCUCUAUAUAAGCACUGCGCCCUGUGGAGAUGGUGCCCUCUUUGACAAGUCCUGUAGUGAUCGGGCUGUGGAAAGCACAGAUUCUCGCCACUACCCUGUCUUUGAGAAUCCCAAACAAGGCAAGCUCCGCACAAAGGUGGAAAAUGGGGAAGGCACAAUCCCCGUAGAGUCCAGCGACAUUGUGCCUACAUGGGAUGGCAUUCGGCUUGGGGAGAGACUCCGGACCAUGUCCUGUAGUGACAAAAUCCUGCGCUGGAAUGUUCUAGGCUUGCAGGGGGCGCUGUUGACUCACUUCUUACAUCCUGUGUAUCUGAAAUCUGUCACACUGGGUUACCUUUUCAGCCAAGGGCAUCUGACCCGUGCUAUUUGCUGUCGUGUGACAAGAGAUGGGAGUGUGUUUGAAGAUGGACUACGAUACCCAUUUAUUGUCAACCACCCCAAGGUGGGCCGAGUCAGUGUAUAUGAUUCCAAAAGGCAGUCCGGGAAGACUAAAGAGACGAGUGUCAACUGGUGUUUGGCUGAUGGCUAUGACCUAGAGAUCCUGGAUGGCACUAGGGGCACCGUGGACGGGCCACGGAAUGAACUAUCCCGGGUCUCCAAGAAGAACAUUUUUCUUCAAUUUAAGAAGCUCUGCUCCUUCCGUUACCGCAGGGAUUUACUGAAACUCUCCUAUGGUGAGGCCAAGAAAGCUGCCCGGGACUACGAGACAACCAAGAACUACUUCAAAAAAAGUCUGAAGGACAUGGGCUAUGGGAACUGGAUUAGUAAACCCCAGGAGGAAAAGAACUUUUAUCUCUGCCCAGUGCCCAACGACUGAGGGCCCAGCCUGGCACUACUGAGAGAGGGAGGUCUUAGCAUUCCUCAGAUUCCUCAUCACAUUGGUCAGGACUUUUACAGUUCUGUUUUGUGUUGUUUUUACAUUUUGUUUUAAUGGAGUCCUUGUUACUGGUACUAAAGCCUGGAUUCCCAUUUACUCUGCUUGCUUGGGGAUUUUUAGGCAGAGCCUAGUCCAAGUUCCAUCUCUUUUCCCAAGUAUGGAAACAGAGACUUGGAGGAAGGAGAAAGGGUUUAUCUUUCCACCCAAACAUGCAGAGCCUCCAAGCACCUGCUGCCCACUUCCUCUUCUUAAGUUUUGUUUUGUUUUUUUCCAUUUCCUUUUCCUUUGUGUUUGCUACACUCACCUCUCAUGGACUUCAUUAAGUUCCAGUCAGUUCUCUGCAAAUCAUGUCGGGAACUCACGGUUUCAUUCACGGAUUCCACAGGCCCAGGUCCUUUCCUUUCUGAGAGUCCUUCCUGUGAUCAUCAGAUUUCUCCCUCCCAACCCAAAGGGUAAAGAGGUGAGCUUGAAGAAUUUGGUGCACCGUUUACAAGGACAGGCUUUGAAACCUGCAGUCAGUGAAUUACCAGAGCCAUUGGAAAUGUGAUUGGCAUCUGCAGAUCCUGCACAGUGAUGGGAUCUUGCACUUCAGCAAGCGGGGGGAAGCUGCUCCUGGGGAAGUGUGUCCCUUCCUUUGCCAGGGAGCAGGGAAGCCAAGAGCCAGCCAGAGUGGGCCCGGCAGGUUGCCCAAGCAGUCACUGAGGUUUCCCCUGCAGGAUGGCACAGACAUUCCUCAGAGCACUGCCAGGCUCCCAUCUGCCCUUCAUGUAAAGCAUUCCUAGGAAUAGGCCCUGCCUGUGCAGUGGGGGAGGGCUUUAGACCUCAGCCAGCUGCUAGGAGAAAAUUCAGGACAAGUCUGAAGAGGGAAAAUCAUCUCUGUUCAGGUGGUCAGCACUUACCAAGAAUAAAGGCAGAGAAAUCAGGUUGUGGGCCAGAUCACUGUCCCGUCCAGUAUAAUAUUUCUGGUGGCAUUGAUACCAAGAGAAGUUGACUAAGCCAUGUGUAAAUUCAGAGCUUUUGAAAAGAAUGCCAGAGAUGUUGAUUCUUUGCUUUAGUUGCACUGAUUUAAAAUUCAAAUAUGUUUUUCCCCCUUUAUUCAUCGAAGUAUUUUGAUUUAGCUGUGGCUUUGGAAGCUGGUGGACAGGGCACCGGCCUGAGGUCCUCCUCCCUGUUAGAGAGACAGCACUUUAGAUAAAAGGGCAGGUGUCUUCAAACUCUGGGGGAUUCUUUGUCUACACCUCCACCCUGCUUCACUCUGUGAUCAGAUCCUCAGGCCCCUGGGAAUCGUUGACCUCUGGGGCUCUACCAGCCUGGUAUGCUCAGGACUGUGGAGCCCAUGCUUCCUCUGGGAUCAGGCUGCCACUGUGCUCUGGAUGAUAUCUUCACCUGGACCCUCACAAGAUUUUCAUGUCCCCCACCUCAGCCCUCUAACUGCUGUCUGGUUCGCCCAUCCUGUGUCUCGCCCACCUCUGCAACUGUAGAUAAAUCCUUGUUUGCAUCUGUAUCAUGACUACUUAACAUCCUGUACCUAUGACCAAAAAUUGACUAACAUACAAGUUUUAAGAUACACUGAGGUUGUCUUUGCAAAACACAAAAGCAUCCCAAGGAGCUAGUGGAGAAUUUGUGCCUGUCUUUGGAAUGGAAGAGGCUUGCUCCCUGGCAUUGUGCAUAUCACCAGCUGAAAUAUUCACUAAAGGCACAUUAAAUGAGUUCUGGCUGCUGCCUCUGGGGAGGAGCAGUGUUGCGGGCCCAGCCAUUGGAAGAAAGCUUCUCCCCUGGAUUAUUUAGGCUGGAGGCUGCUGAUAGCUCAGGAUGUUGGCCCUCUGGUCCUCUGGGACAGUAUUGUCUGGAAGAGCUGUGACUUUGCUGCCUCUGCUUUCCCAAAGAGCACAGGGUCUCUUAAAAGAUGGCAGCCACAGAGAUCUUAAUCUAGCAAACGUGGAAUAUUUUAUUUCUGCUGUGGGAACAGAGCAAGACACCUCACAGGACAGACAGGCAGAGCUUCCAUCCAGUGUUCUCUUUGUGUUCAAUCUUUGUUUUUCAUAAGCAAGAUCCCCUUCCCGUUUCUUUUUCAUGAUUUUGUAGUUGAUUUGUCUGAACUGUGGCUAUUGUGCAUUCUGUGAAUAAUCACUUGUCAGUGCUUGAAGCUGUUUCCUUUACUCAAGUCAAGGGGACUUUGUUGGCUUUGGGGUCUUGCCAGUGGCCCCAGGAAAAGAGUGGGGAAGAGCCCAAGCAUCGCCUUGGUGCCAUGAUGGCUGCAGUCCAGUUUCAUGAUUCUGAUUUUUAUGCCCCUUGAUUCUGAAAGUAGACAUUCCUCAUGAAUAAAAUCAAAGAUAAAUCUGAA